AGAAAAAUGAAAUGAAAAACAACACCACGUAACACGUUUUGUCAAAAGAACAACGGUUGAAUGUCUCUCUCUCUCUCUGCUCUGUUCACAAAGGAAGAGUCUCUCAACUUUGGGUUAGGGUUAGGGUUUUGAACAAGAAAACCCACUCUUUUCUCUGCUAUAUUCAACUCGAAAGCAAAACGUGGUUUGAGGGGUUUUUCAAUUGUUACUAUUUUGACCCUUUUAGGGUUUCGGUGAUGGGUCGUUGUUCGUCUGUGAUCAAUUGUUACCAGCUUCAGAAACCAUUGAAAUUGUUCGUUCUCUUCUGGGUCUUCGUUCUAGCUCACGAAGCCUUCGUUUUCGGCUCCGAUUCGGAGAAAUCGGCUCUAUUGCAGUUCAAGAACUCAGUUUCAGACCCAUCCGGAGUGCUCGCGAGUUGGAUUUCAAGUAAUUCUGAUCACUGUUCGUGGUUCGGUGUUACCUGCGAUUCGAAUUCUCGAGUUGUGGCUCUCAAUAUCACUGGUGGAGGUAAUUCGAUCUCUUCUUGUGCUAAAUUUGCUCAAUUUCCACUUUAUGGGUUUGGUAUUAGGAGGAAUUGUUUUGAUAGUAAUGUAAAAUUAGUGGGUGUUCUUUCGCCGGAGGUUGCGAAGCUCACGGAACUUAGGGUUUUGUCACUUCCUUUCAAUGAAUUGAGUGGUGAAAUUCCUAGUGAAAUAUGGGGUGUGGAAAAAUUGGAAGUUCUCGAUCUUGAAGGGAAUUCGAUUACUGGGUCUUUGCCAUCUCAUUUUGGGGGUUUGCGGAGUUUGAGGCUUCUCAAUUUGGGGUUUAAUGAGAUUGUGGGAGAGAUACCGAAUUCGCUGUCAGUUUGUAUGAGUUUACAAGUCUUGAAUUUAGCUUGGAAUCGAGUGAAUGGAACUAUCCCGGGGUUUAUUGGCGGGUUUAGAGAUUUGAGGGGCCUUUACUUGUCUUUUAAUCAACUUAGUGGAUCGGUUCCAAAUGAGAUUGGUGACAAUUGUGGGAAACUCGAGCAUUUGGAGCUUGCUGGUAAUUUCUUGAUUGGAGGUAUCCCGAGUAGUUUGGGGAAUUGUACAGGAUUGCGUUCACUUGUCUUGUAUUCCAAUUUGUUUCAAGAGAUUAUUCCAGUUGAACUUGGCCGGCUCACUAAGCUUGAAGUGUUGGAUGUGUCAAGGAACAGCCUCAGUGGUCCAAUACCUCCUGAGCUCGGAAAUUGUUUUGAAUUAUCUGUCCUUGUGUUUUCAAAUUUGUUCAAUCCUCUUCCAAACAUUAAUUAUUCAGAAGGUGAUUCCUCAUUAGGGCCAUCUAGUCCGAUUAGCGAUGAACUCAAUUUCUUCGAAGGUGCAAUUCCCACAGAAAUUGUGACACUUCCGAAGCUGAAGGUGAUAUGGGCACCAAGGGUGUUUUUGCAGGGAAGUUUACCCAAUAGUUGGGGUGCUUGUGACAAUUUAGAGAUGGUGAACUUGAACCAGAAUCUUUUCACUGGGGCAAUCUCCGAGGGUUUUAGUGGCUGCAAAAAACUUCAAUUUCUUGAUUUGAGCUCGAAUAGGCUUACAGGGGAGGUCUCUGGGGAACUUCUCCUACCUUGUAUGACUCUGUUUGAUGUCAGUGGAAAUCACCUCUCGGGUUCAAUUCCUAGUUUCAAUGACACGUCUUGCUCCCAUAUGCCAUCUUUGAGUGGAUAUCCUUUUGAGCCAGACGAUUUCUCAUCUGCAUAUCUGUCAUUUUUUGGCAAUAGAACUCGGGCUGAAAUUCCAUUUAUUGGAGAUGUUGGUGGUCUUGCAGUGCUUCAUAAUUUCGGUGAUAACAACUUUACUGGUGCUUUGCAGUCAAUGCUGAUUGGACCUGAGAGAUUAGCAGAUUCGACUGUUUAUGCAUUUCUUGCUGGUGAAAACAAGCUUACUGGACCAUUUCCUGGAGAUCUGUUUGAGAAGUGCAACGGAUUGAAUGCAGUGAUUGUUAAUGUCAGCAACAACAGAAUAUCUGGUAAAAUUCCAGCAGACAUCGGUUCAAUGUGCAGAUCUCUCAAAGUUUUGGAUGCCUCUGGGAAUCAAAUUUCUGGGACUAUACCUCCUAGUUUUGGGGAUUUGGUGUCUCUUGUUGCCCUUAAUUUGAGUUGGAACCUGUUGCAAGGUCCAAUCCCAAACAGCCUGGGCCAGCUAAGGGGUCUUAAGUUUGUUUCUCUGGCUGGUAAUAAUUUGACUGGAUCCAUCCCUACAAGCUUGGGCCAGUUGCAUUCUGUAGAAGUGCUUGAACUUUCUUCAAAUUAUCUCUCUGGUGGGAUUCCAAAAGACAUUGUGAAUUUGAGGAACCUGACUGUUCUUUUGCUCAACAACAAUAAACUCUCGGGGCAGAUUCCCUCUAGUUUGGCAAAUGUGUCAACACUCUCAGCAUUCAAUGUGUCGUUCAAUAAUUUAUCUGGGCCACUACCAUUGAGUGGUAAUUUGAUGAAAUGCAGGAAUGUCCAAGGAAACCCUUUUCUACGAUCUUGCCGUAUGCUCUCCUUAACGGUUCCAUCUCCACAGGGUGGAACUAGGGAUUUGCAAAAUUAUGUUGCUUAUCCAACAAUGAGCCCACCCCAGGGAAGUGGGAGUAGUAGUUUAAAUCCUAUUGAGAUCGCAUCAAUAACUUCAGCAUCCGCAAUUGUAUCGGUCCUCCUUGCACUUCUUGUCCUCUUCUUUUACACUAGAAAGUGGAAACCGAGGUCCCAAACUGGUGGGUUGGCAAGAAAAGAAGUUACAAUCUUCACUGAUAUCAGAGUUCCACUGACUUUUGAGGAUAUUGUGCGGGCCACAGGUAGUUUCAAUGCGAGCAAUUGCAUAGGCAGUGGAGGUUUCGGUACAACCUACAAAGCUGAGAUUUCUCCUGGAGUUUUAGUGGCAAUAAAGCGGCUUGCAGUUGGACGGUUCCAAGGGGUUCAACAAUUCGAUGCAGAACUGAAAACCCUAGGGAGGCUCCAGCAUCCGAAUCUUGUGACCUUAAUAGGUUAUCACGCGAGCGAGACAGAGAUGUUUCUCAUAUAUAAUUAUUUGCCAGGUGGUAAUUUGGAAAAGUUCAUCCAAGAAAGGUCCACGAGGGUGGUGGAUUGGAGGGUACUUCACAAAAUUGCUUUGGACAUAGCACGGGCACUAGCCUAUCUACACGAUCAGUGUGUGCCACGUGUCCUUCAUCGUGAUGUCAAGCCUAGUAAUAUCUUGUUGGAUGAUGAUUACAACGCAUAUUUAUCCGACUUUGGAUUGGCCAGGCUUCUGGGUACUUCUGAAACCCAUGCCACUACAGGCGUGGCCGGAACUUUUGGUUAUGUUGCUCCAGAAUACGCAAUGACUUGCCGUGUUUCUGACAAGGCCGAUGUUUAUAGCUAUGGGGUCGUGCUGCUUGAGUUAAUAUCGGACAAGAAAGCCCUCGAUCCGUCAUUUUCUUCGUUUGGUAAUGGUUUCAAUAUUGUCACGUGGGCAUGCAUGCUCCUGCGACAGGGGCGUGCCAAGGAGUUCUUCACUGCAGGGUUGUGGGAUGUGGGCCCCCAUGAUGAUUUGAUCGAUGUUUUGCACUUGGCGGUCGUGUGUACUGUUGAUUCUCUCUCGACCAGGCCUACGAUGAAGCAAGCUGUACGACGGCUGAAGCAACUUCAACCCCCAUCAUGUUAGGCAUCAGCUGAUUGACAUAGCAUGUGAUAGAGAGUAAAAAGGCCAAUUAUGUGGAUUCUGCAUUGCAGCUCUCAUGAAAUUAUCUGAUUUCUGGGCAGUGGUUGUUCCAGGGGGUCACUACUGUUUUUUAAUCAUUAUGUUCAGGCAGAGAUUGGACGAUGGUAGGGCUUGUAGCUUCAGUGCAUCCAUCCGUUCCUGCAAUGUGAGCCGGAAACAUGACUAGAAGAGAAUUAAAAGAAUUGCUAAUCGUCUAGAUUAUACGGAACAUGUAUAUCCUUUCUUACACAUAGAUGGACUGGUGUUACUGCAUGACAAAUUGUCAGCAAGACAUAGUUGACAGAGGAUCACUGCAGAACAAUUGUUGCACACUCCCACUUUGACCUGAGAGCAGCAUUUUUGUUGCAAAUUAUCCUUUUUUUUUUCCAUCCUUUUUUCCUUUUUCAAAUUCUUCACCAAAUUUGGAUGCAAACACAGUUUUAAAUCUUUUUUAAUUUAUAUGGAUUUAUUGUUUGCUUGUCA